AUGCAGAAGAGCGUGCGGUACAACGAGGGGCACGCCCUGUACCUGGCGCUGCUGGCCCGCAAGGAGGGCACCAAGCGCGGCUACCUCAGCAAGAAGACGGCGGAGACCAACCGCUGGCACGAGAAGUGGUUCGCCCUCUACCAGAACGUGCUCUUCUACUUCGAGGGCGAGCAGAGCGCCCGCCCCGCCGGCAUGUACAUGCUGGAGGGCUGCAACUGCGAGCGGGUGGCCGCUCCCAAGGGAUGCGCGGCGGGCAGCGGCAGGGAUGCGGCGCUGGACAAGCAGCAUUACUUUACUGUUCUCUUUGGCCAUGAGGGGCAGAAGCCACUGGAGCUGCGUUGUGAAGAUGAGGUUGAUGGAGAUGAGUGGGUAGAAGCUAUUCACCAAGCAAGGUAUGAAACUCAAUUUAGAAAUAAGGGUAAGAGAGAAGAUGUCAAGCCAUCUAAGAUGAUGAAAGUGAUGCACGACGAGGUGAGUGACACGGAGAACAUCCGGAAGAACCUGGCCAUAGAGAGGACCAUAGUGGAGGGCUGUGACAUACUGCUGGACACCAGCCAAACCUUUAUACGCCAAGGGUCCCUUAUCCAGGUCCCCUCAGUUGAGAGGGGAAAGCUGAGUAAAGUUCGCCUGGGCUCGCUGUCUUUGAAGAAAGAAGGAGAGAGGCAAUGUUUCUUGUUUACAAAGCACUUCUUAAUUUGUACAAGAAGUUCAGGAGGAAAACUGCAUCUUCUUAAGACAGGAGGUGUUCUGUCUCUAAUAGAGUGCACACUGGUCGAGGAGACAGAAGCGAGUGAUGAUGAUUCAAAAGGUUCUGGGCAGGUGUUUGGGCACCUGGAUUUCAAGCUGGUGGUGGAGCCCACGGAUGCUCCUCCUUUCACUGUUGUCCUCUUGGCCCCAUCCCGGCAGGAGAAAGCUGCGUGGACCAGUGACAUCAGCCAGUGCAUUGAUAAUAUAAGGUGCAAUGGAUUAAUGACAAUAGUGUUUGAAGAAAACUCCAAAGUCACAGUGCCACAUAUGAUCAAGUCUGACGCCCGUCUGCACAGAGAUGACAUCGACAUUUGCUUCAGCAAGACCCUGAACUCGUGCAAGGUGCCCCAGAUCCGCUACGCCAGCGUGGAGCGGCUGCUGGAGCGGCUGACGGACCUGCGCUUCCUGAGCAUCGACUUCCUCAACACCUUCCUGCACACCUACCGCAUCUUCACCACCGCCGCCGUGGUGCUGGAGAAGCUCUCCGACAUCUACAGGCGGCCCUUCACCUCCAUCCCCGUCAGGUCUUUGGAGCUGUUCUUUGCCACCAGCCAGAACAACCGAGGGGAGUACCUGGCUGACGGGAAGUCGCCACACCUGUGCCGCAAGUUCUCCUCUCCUCCUCCCCUGUCGCUCUCCAGGACCUCCUCGCCCGCCAGGACCCGCAAGCUGUCCCUGACGUCCCCUCUCAACUCCAGGAUCGGUGCCCUGGACCUCUCGGCGUCGUCGGUGGCCAGCAGCCCCACGUCCAGCUACAGCCCGGCCACGUCGCCGCCGCCCACGGGCAGCAAGGCGCCGCUGGACCUCAGCCGGGGGCUGUCAUCCCCCGAGCAGAGCCCGGGCUCGGCCGAGGACAGCCUGGAGAACCCGCGCCUGGACCUCUGCAACAAGCUGAGGAGGAGCAUCCGCAGAGCAGCAGUUCUGGAGUCUGUGUCAGUGGACAGGACCAUCCCUGAGAGCACCUCGGUGGUGGACACUGCAGAGCUGUCCCCGUGCAGGUCCCCUUCGACCCCGCGCCACCUCCGCUACCGCCAGCCGGGAGUGCAGACUGCUGACAACAGCCACUGCUCGGUGUCUCCUGCCUCUGCUUUUGCCAUUGCCACAGCUGCAGCUGGGCACGGGAGCCCGCCAGGGUUUGGCAGCGCGGAGCGCACGUGCGACAAGGAGUUCAUCAUCCGCAGGGCCGCCACCAACCGCGUGCUCAACGUCCUGCGCCACUGGGUCUCCAAACACUCACAGGAUUUUGAGCUGAACAACGAGCUGAAAAUGAAUGUGUUGAAUUUGCUGGAGGAAGUUUUGAGAGACCCUGACCUUCUGCCACAGGAAAGGAAAGCUACUGCAAACAUACUGAGGACUCUUUCCCAGGAUGAUCAGGACGAUAACCAUUUGAAAAUAGAGGAUAUCAUUCAGAUGCCAGACUGCCCCAAGCCCGAGUGCUUCGAGACGCUGUCGGCCAUGGAGCUGGCGGAGCAGAUCACCCUGCUGGACCACGUCGUGUUCCGCAGCAUCCCCUACGAAGAGUUCCUUGGGCAGGGCUGGAUGAAAGUGGAUAAAAAUGAGAGGACGCCCUAUAUUAUGAAAACUAGUCAACAUUUUAAUGAUAUGAGCAACCUGGUGGCCUCGCAGAUCAUGAGCUACGCGGACGCGCCGUCGCGGGCCAGCGCCAUCGAGAAGUGGGUGGCCGUGGCCGACAUCUGCCGCUGCCUGCACAACUACAACGGCGUGCUGGAGAUCACCUCGGCCCUCAACAGGAGUGCCAUCUACAGGCUCAAGAAAACCUGGGCAAAGGUGUCCAAACAGACAAAAGCACUCAUGGACAAGCUUCAGAAGACUGUGUCAUCUGAAGGAAGAUUUAAAAACCUGAGAGAAAUGCUCAAAAACUGUAACCCACCUGCUGUUCCCUACCUUGGGAUGUACCUGACUGACCUGGCAUUCAUUGAGGAAGGAACACCCAACUUCACUGAGGAAGGCCUUGUCAAUUUUUCCAAAAUGAGAAUGAUCUCACACAUUAUCAGGGAAAUCCGCCAGUUCCAGCAGACCUCCUACCGCAUCGAGCACCAGCAGAAGGUCACCCAGUACCUGCUGGACAAGACUCUCAUCAUGGACGAGGACACCCUGUACGAGCUGUCCCUCAAGAUCGAGCCGCGGCUCCCCGCCUGACGCUGCCGCCUGCCCGGGGCCAGCUGGCAGCUCUGGGACACCCGCACAACCAUGCAUGCCUAAAACACAGCCAGAGCAUCUCUGACCAAGAGUGCCAGCUCUCUUCUCCUGUAAGAGAUCCAGGGUCUCACCGCCUUUCCCUCUCAGGCAACGCGAGCGAGUGCUGGAGGUGAAAGUCAGACCCUUCCUACCCGGCUUCAGCGAUUUCUGCUUUGCAAAGAUCACGCUUGGCAUUAGGGACCAUGGCUUCGUGGGAAACAGGAGACUUUCCUGUGAACAGGCACUCACUGCAGCCAUCUCACAUGGCAGUUCCAGGGUACGGAUUUAAAGGGUGGUAAUAUACUCAGGUGCAUUAGGCUGAAUAAGCAAGGUGAGGUGGCUGGGUUGAUGGCUAGCUAUGUGUUCACUGAGGCAUAAUGGCUGUGGUGUUCUCAUUGUGUUAAUUUCAUUGAAAAAACAGAGUUUUAGCACUCGUCUACUACUUUGGAGUGAUGUUAAGGCAGCAUCUAGUAGCUUCAGAUCUGCAGUUGUUCAAAACACCUGCUGUACAUUUAAUGCUGCUCUCUGUAAAACAUUUUCUGCUUUAAAUGUCUCAUCAGCCUUCUCUAAGGUGACUGAUUGUAUCUAUAAAAAUUUCUUGUAAAUAUCUUUUUCAUCAGUGAGAGUAUUUACAGCGUGGAGGGCACAUGGACUGGUGUAAUAGUUGUAAAUAGUUGCCAGCUGGGAAGGAGAGGGACCCAGAGGAGUGGUGCAGGGGAUGGAGAGUCACGUUGCACACAGCGCUGGAAAAGGCACUUUAUUUUCCUGCACCUCCUGCAGCUUCUCUGACAAGUCAGGCUACAGAGCACUUUCUGACACACUGUGGAGAGAAAUACAUGUCUUUGUGGCAGCAGGUGGUGAUCAGCAGUGAACACUUGGAGCUGGAGUGACAGUUUUGUUUUACGUAGAAUCGGUGGUUUG